AUGGAAGGUGAAGAAGGGCACAACUUGAGCACGAGGUUGACCCAUCCCCGGGCCGACGUGCCCUUCGAUGCCGUCGAGGACGCGGAACGCUGCGUCCACUUCCUGCAUGAUCAGGCCGAUGAACUGGGCCUCGACCGAAGGAGGUUGGUCCUGGGCGGCUUGAGUGCCGGAGGACACCUGGCGGCCAUGGCGGCCUUGGAACGCGGCACCGAGCUGGGACUUGCAGGCUUGGUCUUGCUGAACCCGGUGCUGGAUUUGGACUUUCGAGCCGGGUGGCGAAGGCAAACGCCGUCCAUCUGGCUGGGGGCGCACCUCCUCCGAGCCGUCUACGGGGAGGAGGCGCUCCAUGCGAAGUCCCCCCUGCACCAGGUGCGAAGCUUGCCUUUUCCAACCUUGAUCUUGCAUGGCGAGGAGGACACGCUGAUUCCACUCGCGCAGUCUGAAGCCUUUAUGAAGGAAAUGCGACGGUCGAACAACGAGUGCAUGGUCGUCCCCUUUCCACAGGUGGACCACGACUUCCUCCGGGUUCCGCCCGAGUUGGCCGAGCGCCAUGUCUCCACGCUGGGAGAGUUCUUUCGCUCUGCCGGCGUGCUGGCUUGA